AUGUCGGGUCUUUCCUCUGGUUUCAGGAAAAUCAUACCACUCCCCAAAUCGUCUCUGCGGGACGUGGACCAACCAAUGUCUUCUGCGGAUUCUGAUAACGAACAACCAUCGACAUCGAACUCAAAGUCGAAAAUAGACCAUCUCGGGUUUCUAGAGCUUGCUCCUGGAACAGAUCCACUUAUCGAUAUCGUCGCCAUCCAUGGCUUGGACGGGCACAGAGAGGAAACUUGGGAGACUGACGGAGUUCUGUGGCUGCGCGACCUCGUGCCCUCCGAAUUGCCUCGUGCCCGAAUCCUCACUUACGGAUACGAUGCGGACACUCAAAGUGCGGAAUGCGUGUCGACGCAGACUAUGUAUCGCCAUGCAGAUGAAUUCGCCAAGGCGCUCGCAAGGAAACGCAAGGACGUCUCUCGACGACCUAUCAUCUUCGUCACACACGAUCUAGGAGGUAUCAUCCUCAAAUGGGCUCUGGUGAUCUGUCACAACCAGAGACUGGAUUCGGAAUGUGACCUCAGGGACGUUCUAAUUUCCACGCAUGCAAUCCUCUUCUUUGGAACGCCACACACUGGCAUAGAAUCUGAAGUCAGUAUCCUUGAUGCGGUCAAACGGUUGGCGGCGUCAGUACGUAUGGAGACGACAGACACCAUCGUCAAGGAUCUUCGUUCUCACUCUUCUGAGCUUGAGAACGUACAGAAGCUCUAUGUCGAGGCAAGCGCGAAAGUCAAGAGCGUAUUUUUCUGCGAAGAAUACAAGACACACGUCGAUGGCAAUCGACGAAGAUUGAACGUCUCCCAUCAUUCUGCAGUCAUUGCUGGAGACCGAAAUGCCACAACAGUCGUCCUUCACGCCAAUCAUGAAGCUUUGGUCCAAUUCUCAGCUGCAGAAGGAGUCAACUAUCAAAGUGUUCUCUACUAUCUCCAAAAGUAUCUCGACAGCGCACCGACGGCAGUGUGUGAACAGUGGGCUACCGAGGACAGUUGUCGACGUGCUGCAAAGGGUGAACCUGCCUCUGAGGAGGUCAUGCUGCCAAAACCUUGCCCACCAGUGUCAAGAGGCUACGUCGAACGACAACACCUUCAGUCGCUCAUCACCCAGAAGUUACUUCCGAAAGGUCGCGUGAAGCACCAGCCGCGUUGUAUACUACACGGGAUCGGAGGCGCAGGCAAAACUCAACUCGCUACAAACUGGAUUCAGGAGAACGAGCUUCGCUUCACUAGAGUGAUAUUCGUCGACGCUUCCAGUCAAACCCAGUUAGAAACUGACUUGCGGCGGUCGAUUCGAAGCUUAGGCUCCGAGUACAGCAAGAUGACGUGGAAAGAUGCAGUUACGUACCUGGACGGCAAAGAGAGGGGAUGGUUGCUCUUCGUCGACAACGCCGACUCGGCAGAGCUCAACCUUCGCCCAUAUCUCCCUACCUCCAUUCAUGGGGCAGUUUUGAUUACCACGAGAAACAGUCAGCGCAUCGACUACGCUCCUGAUGGUGCAGUUGCUGUCGGCGCUCUCGAGGAAAGCGAAGCGGUGAAGCUCCUUCACACAACCGCCAACGUCUCACCGGUAUCCAAUGCCGAGUCUGUGGAGAUUGUGAACGAGCUAGGGAUGUUGGCACUUGCGGUCACUCAAGCAGGGGUGUACAUUCGCCAGACCCGGCGUCUCACGACAUACCUGGAUACAUUUCGUAAGAGUCGGAAUCGACUUCUAAGCAAGCAGCCCGACAUUGGCUCAGAGUACACGUCGUCUACGUACACCGCGUUCGACCUAUCUUUCCAUAAAUUACAGACAAGGACACAGGAUUUCAUCAAGUUGUGUGCGUUCCUUCACCACUCACUCAUUCCGCUUGCUCUUUUUGAGCGGUCGACGACUUCUGGAUUCUCCACUUAUACAGUACUGGAGGAAUGCCCUCCACCGGAGAGCGACAAGAUUUUCAUCUCAAAGCUACAGGAGAUACUUGGGGAGACAUGGGACGAGGUAGCAUUCCAGGAUAUUGUCGACUCAGCGGCACAGGCGUCGUUUAUCAAUGUCUCGACAGACGGGGCAUUCUACAGCAUCCACCCUCUACUCCAGAUGUAUAUCCAAGAUUCUCUGGGUACAGAGGAUAAAGGAGAUUUCGUCCGGAUGACAUUACAAUUACUACUUGGUGCAAUUCGACCAGCAGAAGAGAGCAACGCACCGCUUUGGCACCUACUUCCUCACGCCAGCAGCAUUCCUCGAUCAGUGGUAUCGGAGAAUCUAGCGCACAUACUGGCGUUCGAUGUGCUCUAUGAUGCUUUAGGGAAUUGGAGGGCAUGUUGGGAGCUAUUGGAAUAUUCCCUUGAAAGAGUUCGAGCAAAGCAAGGCGAAAGGCAUAGCAACACGAUGUGGGCGAUGAGCAAACUCGCCGAGGCACUGUGGCACUGUGGUCAAUUGAGUAAAGCAGAAAAGAUGCAAAGAGAUACACUUGCUCUGCAACUAGAGAUCCUUGGACGAGAAAAUCAUGAUACAAUUAGGACAAUGCACUGCCUUGCCCUGACCUUGCGUGGUCGUGGUCAGUUGGACGAAGCCGAAAAGAUGCAGCGAGACGUGCUCGCUCUGCGGCUGGAGAUCUCUGGACCACGGCAUCCUGGCACCAUCACGGCAAUGAACAACCUCGCAUUGACCUUGUGA